CUGUUCGCAGGGCAUGAUGGGAGCUGUAGUUUUCUGGUGACCGGCGCACGAGUUGCGGAUGGAGGCGCUGUGCUGGGCGGUGUGAGCUGGCCGUGGGUAGGUAGAUGGCGUAUUUUGAAGAUGUAAGAUGAACAUUUGCUCAUGGCUUCGAAUUCAGCGACACAGAAGGACUGGUACUGCAUUCUGGGGGCACAUCCAUCCGAUAGCCAAUCAGAGCUGAAACAGAAGUAUCAAAAGCUAGCUCUGUUGUACCACCCAGACAAGCAGAACAAGGAAGAGGACAUUGAGCUGACUACAGAGGGAGCACACAAGUUUAUUGAAAUCAGUCAAGCUUGGAAAAUUCUGGGGAAUGAAGAGACAAAGCGGGAGUACGACCUGCAGCGCCGUGAAACCGAGAUGACUCGAUCCUACCAUGUGGACAAUCAGGUUUCCUUGGAGGAAAUGGAAUGGGAAGAUGAUAUGGAAUUUUACUGCUACACCUGUCGCUGUGGAGGAAAAUAUUCACUAACUGAAGAGGACUUGGAACAAUCCCUGCUGGUGAACUGCGAUUCGUGUUCUUUGAUUAUAGAGGUCUACAGGAACAGCAGGCACUUGGCGCAAUAAAAUCAGCCAUAGUCCAAAUCCUGUGCACUGACUUGGACUGCACAAGGAGACCAUUUGCAUAGCCAAUUUACCACAAUUUUUGUACAUCUCAUUUAUAAAAUAAAAUGGUACUUUUUUUUAUCGUA